AUGGUAUACCUCGCCAUAGUCUUGUGGUCGACCAUCGGGGGUCUACUGACUGCAUUGGCUGUGGCUUUGACGAUGCUCCCCUCCCGAUAUGUCAAGCAAUCACCCGCCUCCAACCAAUCUGUAUCCGUCCAAAUCUUAGUGCUUGGAGACAUUGGACGCAGUCCACGCAUGCAGUACCAUGCCCUGAGUGUUGCAAGACAUGGCGGAAAGGUUGACAUCAUUGGUUAUCACGAGUCAGCACCAUACCCGGGUCUCCUCUCCGACCCUCGGGUCAAGAUACAUCCCCUGGCACCCCCUCCCGGUGUGCUCAAGUCCAAGUCUAUUCCAUUCGUCAUAUCUGGACCUUUGAAGGUAUUGUGGCAGAUCUGGACCUUGGUACGAGUCCUUGGCUACACCGCACCGCCUGCGAGAUGGCUUUUGGUCCAGAACCCCCCUUCGAUUCCCACUCUUGCCAUCUCUCUACUGGUGUCUGUUCUGCGCAACACCCACCUCAUGAUUGACUGGCACAACUAUGGCUGGACAAUCCUUGCGGGAACCAAGGGACGGAAUCAUCCAUUCGUGGAGAUAUCUAAAGCAUACGAAUGCGCUUUGGGCCAAGCAGCGCCGACUGCAAACAUCACUGUCACCCAUGCAAUGGAAAGACAAUUGAAGGAGGAGCCUUAUAACAUUAAAACGCCGAUCUUUACCCUUCACGAUCGGCCCGCUGCAAUCUUCCAGCCCCUGGAAUCACUCCCGGAUCGAAGAGACUUCCUCGAGAGAUUGCCUGAGACGAAGGACUUUGCGGCCAAUAUCAUGGCUGGCGAAACCAAGCUCAUCGUCAGCAGCACUUCGUGGACACCGGAUGAAGACUUCUCUUUACUGCUUGAAGCGCUGGUCUCUUAUGCGCGGGAAGCUUCUGCCCCUCCUAUCAUCGCGAUCAUCACGGGUCGUGGGCCUCAGAAGUCAUACUACGAAGAACAGAUCGAGGAGUUGCAGAAAAUGGGGCGACUACCGAAUAUCCGCAUACUCACGGCCUGGCUCUCCAUGGAGGAUUAUGCGACACUCCUAAGUUGUGCUGACCUUGGCGUAUGUCUUCACAUGUCUAGCUCAGGGGUAGAUCUGCCUAUGAAGGUAGUUGACAUGUUCGGAUCGGGACUCCCCGUUGCCGCUUACUCGGGCUAUGAGAGCUUUGGCGAGUUGGUCAAGGAGGGAGUCAACGGAUGCGGAUUCGAGACUGCAGACGAGCUCUCAUUACUUCUACAGAGACUAUUCAGUGACGAAGGGGCCGACGAGCUGAGAACCCUGCGCCAGGGAGCGACAAAGGAGAGCGCUCUACGAUGGGACGAAGAAUGGGAUCGAGUUCUUGGUCGUGUUUUCGGACUCAUGGGUUGA